AUGAAAAAAAAAGAAAAGUCAAAUCAUCACACAAAAGAAGAAGCUCCCUCUCGUGUUUCCAUCUCUUCCAAUGAUUCUUCAAGUACCAAAGGUAGUGUGGAAGAGAUUGAUAUAGUGACAGAUGACAUGAUUGGUGGAGCCGCCAUGCUCGCAUCACAAGCAGGAGGUAGCAAACGAAGGCAUCGAUUCAGCAUUAGAAAUCUAUUGGGAGGUAAAAAAGGUGAAGUGAGUCCACGUGCCAGCAACCUGUCAGCUGCCACUCAAUCCACAAGUGCGUUGGAUGAUUUCAAAAAAAUGGCAAAUAUGGAAAAAUUGAGUUUGGAUGUUCCUACUUUGGAUGGUUCCGAUUCGAGCGACCAAUCAUUAAUUGAUUUACAACGAAGAAUUGCAGAAAAUGAUCAAGGAUCACCUUCUCCAAAAUCUCCACAUGGUAUUUCAACUUUUAAAAGUUCAAGUCAACUCAGUAGUGUGAACUCUCCAAAUACAGCCACGACCAUGACUGAUUUAUCUCCUGUCAAAUUGGCAGAAAAUGAAAGAAUUGUGACCAUCGAGGAGUUGGAGUUAUUGAAAAAUGCAGCCACCAAUGCAGAAACAUUAAAAACUCAACUCGAAACCAAGAUUUCCCAAUUAGAACAAUCAUUAUUGACAUUGAAACAAGAAAGAGAAACUCAGUGUAAGAAAUUGGAAGAGGAGAACAAGUCACUUUCAGAAACAAUUUCAAAAUUGCGUCAAGAAUCAGAAUCCAAAGAUUCCAAAAUUUCACAAUUUGAACAAGUCGAACAGAAAUUGAAAGAAGAAAAUUCAAAAUUGCAACAACAAGUUCAAGAACAUGUCAAGAUGCUCACUGAAAAAUUGCAACAACAAGAUGAAAGUGGCAAAUCCAUUGUGGAAUCCUUAAAAAAGACGCAUGAAGAAUCUAUCAACAAACUCAAAGAAGAAUAUGAAAAGAAAGUUAAAGAACUUGAAAGUGAAAACGAAGGACUUCGUGACGAUUUGAUAAACUUGGAUUCACGAGCAUCUGAUGUUAAGAAACAAUUAGAAAAGAAGAAUAAGGAUUUACAACUUUUACUGGAUGAAACCAAGAAGAAAUUCGAACAAGAAAUUGAAUCUCUCAAAAAGGAAAAUCAAAAGAACAAACGAGAAGCUGGACAACACAUUAUUAACAGUGGAGGUGACGAUAAAGUGAAGGAAGAAUUUGAAAAGUUGAAACGUUGGAAUGAAGAACUCAAUGAAAUGCUCUCUGUAGAACAACAAGGAAUUACUGCUCUUGAAAAGGAACGUGACAGUCUUGCAUUGCAAGUGAGCGAAUUGAAAGCUAAAUUAGAAGGAAAAGUUUCAGAAGAUGGUGAAGCAUUACCUGAUAUGGAAACUUUGUUAAAACAAUUGGAAGAUGUCACCAUGGAAAAGGAAGUUUUGGAAGAAUUGAGACAAGAAGAACUUGUGGAAUAUGAAAAAGUGAAGGAAGAAUUAACUUUGGAAAAUACCAAUUUGAAAGAAGAGCUUGAAAAACUCAAAAAAUCCAAAUCAGUACCACCUUCUCCAUCCGCAGUGCCAUCAUCCACAACGAUUGAAGAAAAUGGUGUCAUUAAAACUCUCGAAGACAUUAUUAUGGAAAGAGACGUCUUGGAAGAAUUGAGACAAGAAGAAUUAUUGGAACAUGAAAAAUUGAAGGAGGAUUUGAGUGAUGAAAUUGAAUCCUUGAAAGAACAAAUUGAAACUCUCAAAAAGAAUAAUUCAAGUGUUUCAUCAUCAACGAGUGUUACUGCUGCAAAGGAUGACACCUUAAAACUCAUCGAAAGUCUUCAACUCGAAAAUUCACAAUUAAGAGAAUCACUCGAACUUACCAAAAACGUUCAAGAAAAGAUUGUAGUCGAAAAGGUUGAAGUUGAGAAAGUGGUUGAGAAGAUUGUUCCAGUUGAGAAAGUGGUUGAAAAAGUGGUCGAAAAAAUUGUCACUGUUGGAGAUGACUCUGUCAAGAAGGAAAUGGAGAAUUUGAGAGAACAAGUUGAGUCAUUGAUUAAUCAAUUGGAUCAAUCGCAAGAAGUUGUAAGAGAGUAUGAAAAGAAAUUUGAAAGUGAAAAUCUUGUGUUGAAUCAACUCAAGAAGGAACUCGAAAUGGAGACACAAAAAUGUCGUGCACUUCAAGAAGAGUUGUCGAAAAAGAAAGAUUCACAACAAUUGUCCACUUCAUCGGCUGCUGCUGCUGCUACUGCUCCGGCUACCUCUCACGAAAGUUCAUCGAUGACUACCACUACUCUUCCUCCUGUUAUUGAGAAUAAGACAAUUCUCACUCAACAAGAAGAAGAAUCUUCAACAACCUCUGUGGAAGAUGUGGGCGACAUUAAGCUGGUUGACAAACCAGUGAUUGCUUCUCUUGAAAAGGAUGAUCUUUUCAAACUUCGAUCAAAAUAUGUCUUGUAUUCAGAAGAGUCAGAAGAGAGUAUAGCCACUCCACCUUCGGUGGCGACCAUUCAAACUCAACCAACAGUUGAAGAGGAGCCUGAGGAAGAACAGAAUCAAGAUGACGAUGAUAUUUAUCAACAUGAAUUGAAACAAUUUGAGAAGGAUUUGGAUAGAAUGUUGGUUAAGAAUUCUAUUAAUUUGUCAGGAAAGAUUAAUUCGUUGAAAGAACUUGAAUUGUUGUGCAUCAAAUUGAAAUAUAACAAGACUUGUAAAAUUUUAGAUUUGUCAAAGAAUGACGCCAUUGACAAUAAGGGACUAAAGGUGUUGUGUGAAAUGUUGAAAGUGAACAAGACCAUCACUGAUCUCUAUUUGGAAGAAACUCAAAUUACAACCAUUAAUCCACACUUGUUUGACGUUUUCCAAGACAAUUAUACAGUCACUAAUAUUAUCUUCUCAGAGGAGUUGGUUCCUGGCUAUGAAUUAGACAAGUUGGAUGCCCUUUUGGAUCGUAAUGAAACUUAUUAA